UGUGGUUCAUCAUGAAUGUAUUUAGUGAAGUGUUGUUGUGUUUGUGUCACGCAGGAGCCUGCACCCAUGACCGAAGAUCUGCUGGAGGAACAGUCGGAGGUUUUGGCUAAACUGGGCACAUCAGCUGAAGGAGCUCAGCUCCGAGCCCGCAUGCAGAGCGCAUGUCUCCUGUCAGACAUGGAGUCCUUUAAGGCGGCUAACCCGGGCUGUUGCCUGCAGGAUUUUGUGCGCUGGUACUCCCCAAGAGAUUACGUCGAGGAGGAGGUGACCGAUGAGGCGGGACGGACGGCUGUGCGGGGUGACCUGAGCGCCCGUAUGAAGAUCCCAGGUAACAUGUGGGCAGAGGCGUGGGAGACAGCGAAGGCCACGCCGGCACGACGACAGAAGAGACUGUUUGAUGACACCAAAGAGGCUGAGAAGGUGCUACACUAUCUGGCGGUGCAGAAACCGUCUGAUUUGAUGAGACAUCUGCUGCCCUGUGUCCUACACGCUUCUGUUCUUAAAAUAAAGGAUGAAGAGUCGACAGAAGACAUCCCGUCUGUGCCUAAAACACUCCAGCAGGUGACGGCUCAAGCCAGCAAACUGCUUCACCAGCCCAACCCUGACGUCAAGAAGCUGGAGGAGGUUAUAAAUCAGUUGAUGUCUUUGGAGGCCGUCAUCGCUCGCGCUCGCUCGCUCAAGGCAAAGUUUGGCAUCGGUGGGGCAGAGAAAGAGGAUUGUGAGGAGCUGGAGAGGUUCGUGAGCUGUCUGUUGGAGGAACCGGAGGUGUCUGUUAUCGGUGCAGGUCGGGGUCCUGCUGGCAGCAUCAUCCAUAAGCUUUUCGUCAGUUCUCAGCGGGCCGCUCUGUUGGCUCCGAUGGAGGAUGAAAGCGUUGCAGUUCCAGAUGACAGAAAAGCUACUCUGGAUUUUCCGCCUCCUGCCGGACGGGAAAUUCUGCUCCGCACCCGCUUGCCGCGCCCCGCCCCGUAUUCCAAAUCUCUGCCGCAGCGGCUCUUCUGCGUUCUCAUGCGGGAGGAGUUCCGGCUCGCCGGGGCCUUUUCCUCGGACACCUCUUUCUUCUGAGCCCAUCUGAUGAUCAUCUGUCAUUACUGAAGGCUCUUUAUGUGGCCGGUUAGUUCAGUGGGACAUGUGUUGAAGUGAGACGUAAACUUUUAAGAAGUCAAAAUAGGGUUACAGAUGAUUUCGAGCACAUCAAGUGUAAUUGUUGGAAAAGCCAGAGGCUAAGUGCACUGUUGAGGGUUCUCAUCACCUCUGGCUGGAUGUUAAAAUGCUAAUAAUAUAAGUCCCCUCACCCUCAUCCCCGCUGUGUGCUUGAUGAGAUAUUCUGAGCAGAGCUUUGCCUUAGGAACUGACUAUUAUAUGUAGAAUAUCACAGAUGUGUAUUUGUACACACUUUCACGCACAAUAUUCAUGUCCCGCUCAUUCAUUGGAGAAGCCGGUGAAGCUGUAGCUCCGUCCUCCAUCUGACCGUCACCUCAUUUUACUACAAACGAUUGGACUGUAUUUACUGUAGCCUAGUUUCAGAAAAACGGUUGUGAUUAAGACGUUUCUCUGUUAAGACUGGAGGCAUUCUAUCAGUGUUUGACCAACAAUCAUCACCUCUGAGUCGAGUGAUGAUCAGAAGAAAGAUUGUGUGUCGUGUCCAAUCAUUCAAAAUAAUAAACAGAAUCUUGUUCUUCA